UAGAGGACAGCCAUCUUCCUACUCACCACCGUGAGAAACUAAACCUACUAACGUCAUGUAGCUAACCAUUUCGGGAGGAGCUGGUUUCAAAUCUCGGUCCUGAGGCUCUUCUGAGGUUUUGCGUGUUUUUCAUCAUUACGUCGAGGGAAAUGCUGGCCAUGCAGUCGGUCACGACCUGUUCCUUUUAUGCCCUUCCAAAUUUAUUAUAUACUAACACAGACAAGAUGGACAGCAGUAAUAAACACUGCAACAUUUUUUAUGAACUAUCCAAGGAAUGAUGAGACCAUUUAAUCAGUUAAAUAAUAUAAUUUUUGAAAGAUGCUGGAAUACUGCAGUCUUACUCACUUUCUCAUUCAGAUCUCAGUUUGAUGAUGGAGACACAUAAGGAGGAGGAAUUCUUGUCCAGAUUUGUUUUGUUUAUGGAAUGUCUGAAGGUGACUCUUCAGCGAUGUAAAGUGCUUGAACCCCAGACAAAAAGUGCUGAUACAAAUGUAAUAACUUUUGAGACAGAAAUCAGAGAAAAUAUUGAUUGGCCUCCAGACAAAGGUGUUGGAGAUGAAGCAAAGAUUGCUAAUUUGGAUGAAAAAAGUCGCACUAACUGGUCAGAAUUUGGGGGUCAUAGCAAUGGUGGUUUCCAAAGCCACCAUGAAGAUGAUAAAAAUAAGGAUAAUGACAAUCUUGAAAAUCUUAAUGAUCCCAUCAAGUCACAAUUGUCAGAGCUUCAUAUGGUGGUCGUGGCUAGUAACCAUGGUGACAACUUUGAAGAACUUGAUUGCAUUGAAAAUUCUUCCUCAGAAGCAAACAGGGCAGCAGGUACAGAAGCUCCAAAAGACAAGUCCAUGAAUUUUGUACAAUUACAUGGUGGAAUGUAUAGCUGUCCUACAUGUGACAAAUCAUUCACCACUAGGUCUGCAAUUGUUCGACACUACAGAACACAUACUGGGGAGAGACCCUUUCCUUGUGACUUUUGCAACAAGACAUUUGCAUCAAAAACUAGUGUUGAAUCACAUCUCUUACGACAGCACAGUCUGAAUACCGAGUCAGCAUUGGCUUGCCCGGAUUGUGGGAAGCUCUUUGUACGUCGCAACUCGCUAGAAGUUCACCUGAUUACCCACAGCAAAGACAAGCCUUUCUCAUGUGAUGUCUGCAGAAAGACAUUUUCACAGAAAGUUACUCGAGAUAUCCACCUGGCCAGGCAUACAGGGCAGUAUGAUCACACCUGUAACAUCUGUCACAAGAAGUUUGCUUCACGUGCCAAACUUAAUGAGCAUAUGCACCAACACCGCAGUCCAAGAUUCAGAUGUGAAGAAUGUGGUAAGCAGUUUGUUCGUCAGGAUGCACUCCGCACUCACCAAAGGGUUCACACAGGCGAGCGACCUUAUCACUGUUCUUUGUGCAACAGAUCUUUCUACACUGCAUCCAACCUUCGUCUUCAUGAGCAGUCACACAGUAAAGUGGCUGGCUUCAAGUGCCAUCAGUGUGGGUCAAAAUUCAAACAUAAGUCAAGUCUUUCUGCACACAUGAAGAGUCAUGCAAGUUCAGGCUUGUUGCCAUGUCCAAUGAUUGACUGCAGAAGAGCUGAGAGGGGAUUUCUCCAUGCUCGCAGUGUUCAAGCUCAUCUACGCAAUCACCACCAGAGGUUUCUUUGUGCAAUUUGUGGCCAUGAGUUUGGAAGUAAGUCAAGCCUUCUGGAACAUGAGAAACUUCACAGUAAUCAGUUGUUCAUGGAGAAUCCGAAGCCUCAUUCUUGUCAUCUCUGUCCAAGAAGAUUUGCACAGAAGGGAAAGCUGAGUGCACAUAUCAAAACACAUUUACAGGAGCCAGGCUACGUGUGUAACAUUUGUGGGAAACGUUUCCACCGUAAGGAUGUACAAGCAAAUCACAUGUUCCUGCAUUCUGGGCAGAGACCAUUUAGCUGUGCACAUUGUGGUAAAGCUUUUGCAUUCAAGUCAAAUUUGAGCACCCAUCUGGCAACACACCCAACUGAUGCUGGUCAUCAACAAGUUGAGUUUCCAUGCCCUGAAUGUGGCAAGAAGUUCCGGCAUCGCAGUUCUCUCACCCUGCACAGAAAGGCACAUACUGGUCAUUUUAAUCAUACUUGUGCUGUCUGUGGGAAGAAGUUUAUGAAGAAGAGUCAUUAUGAAGGUCAUUUGCGUAGCCAUGAUUCUGAACGGCCAUUUCAUUGUCCAACUUGUGGAAAGGGAUAUAAAGAACGAAAACACUGCCGUGAGCAUGUUCGGCGGUUACAUCCAAAUGAUUUCAAUUUGGAAACACUAUUUGCUUCCAUUACAAGUGAAGAUGCUCAGGUAGCUGAUAUGCUGUGCUCUGAACAGGCAGUAACAACACUACACAUCCAGAAUCCUACUGACCAACAUGUUUCCAAUCUUCACCAACGGAAUUCAGAGCAGCAUCCAUCAGGAUCUACUCUUGAUUCAGAUUUUAUGUUGGAACAGCAACCUGCCUCUGCUCGUAAUCAGGCUUCAUUGGCAGUAAACACAUCUACUGUGCCUUCUCCUGGUCUACAUCUCUUUCCGACUGUAACACUGUCAAAUCUGGACCCCAUUUUACAGGAAAUGGGUCAGAUGCACCCGCAACCAACCCAAUUUUUGAUCUCAUCAGUUGAUGAGAGGCAAGGCUUAACAUCAACAGAGAAUGUGGAAUGCAACAUGCAGUGUCAAACAUUAGUUCAAAAUAAUACUGCUUCAGCACUGGCAGUUUUGUCAAGUGAGGAUACAACAUCAGUAUUAUCUCAGGGGCUGGAGUCAUAAUCCCAGACAGGAGAUUAAUACUGAAGAGUGUGAGUCACUCAAUAAGUAGGAUUUUAGGUUACGAAUUUGGCUGUCUUCUGGGUUGUAGCACCAUGUACUCUGGUAGAAUACAGCCAUCUCUGAGUUAGUAAUUGUUUAAGAGUGCUCUAUGAAAUGUGAGAUUAUGUUAUGUCAAUUAAUUUCUAAAGUAAAUAGCAAUAUAUUUGAAUUUUAAUGGUUAUGAAUGAAAGGUCUCUGGAAAUUUUCACUUCUUUUAGACAUAGUUUGAAUAGGCUGUAGGCACAAAAAUCUAAAACAUAAUACACAGCUGAGAAAACGAAAAUAAAAUGUGCAAGUUAUAAUUUUUGUUUCCUGUGGUAUGCCUGUUACAUCACUUAAGUCUUCCUCCUUUUGGGUGCUGUAACUGAAUUUUAAUCUUGACUUCUGUUUUGGAAAUGUUCUAAGUUCUUGCAUAUAUUUGUAGCACAUUCCCUCAGAUAAGACAUCAUACCACCAUAAUAAAGUCCCUACCAACACAGGAUGUGGACAAACACCCGUGAGUCAGGAAUGAACCUGUUACCUCUUGUGUUUUAGUUCUCCAGUAUCAUUUACUUCCCAGAUCAUGCAGCAACUAAAACCAUAAUUGCAUCAGUAAUACUUAAUUUAAUUAAAAUUAAAGGUAAAGUUUUGCAAUGAGAUUGUUAUUGUUUGUACAAUAUUUAAUUUAAGUACUUUUCUAAGUAAAACAGGUUUUGAAAUCUUGUUCAAGAUCUGUUGCUUUGGCCUGAUUUAUAUAGGCCUGCACAAGAGUAGCAACAUUAAUGGCUAUAUUUACUCAAUACUAACUGGAAGUUGAAAUGAAAGUGGCUUGAUCAUUUGGACAUUAAAUGCAAAGUUGCAUUUCCCAGUGCUUUCUGAAAGAAGAUGCUUCUAGAAAUGAAAAUCUGGCUGUCAAGUAACUCCUGGGAGCUAAACUGGGAUGUGCACAUUGUGAUUAUUCAGUAACUAACUAACUAACUAGAUGGCUUAUUGAACCUGAAGGUUCAUUACCAAAUUAACCAAGGCCCUCCACCAGACCCCAUACAUUGUGGUUAUCCUUACCCUAAAUGCAGAUUGUUCUAAAAAUUACUAUAGCACUAUAGUUCUAACAAUAAAUUCAUCAUUAAGAAAUUGUGCCAUAUUCAUUCCUAAGCACUCUUAAGGAUUAAUUGGUUUCCAUGUUUUUAUUGUGAAUCCAGGAUUUGGUUUGUAUACAGCUUGCUUUUGGUAUUCUGUUUUCAUUUGUGUAUCUUUUUGCAUUCAUCAGUUUCACUAAUACAUAUAUUAUUUUCUCUGUGUUUUGUACGGGCGACUCGUUAUACGUGGGGGCUGUAUUCCUGAAAAUUACUGCAGUUAGAAUAAAUGUUUUACUUGAAUUUGUAUAGAUGUAAUUUAUGAAAUAAAACAACAUCCAUUAUAA